AUGAUCAUGAGAAUAUCUAGAAGUUUGGGAUUCUUUGCCAUCAUAAUGAAAAGCUCUUCAAAGCCCACAAUGAUUUUUAUUAUUUCUUUUAGUUUGCUAUACGAUUCAACGUUUGAGAGCUCCAACCAAGCAGAAAAUGACAGAAAAUUAGAAAAACCAGCAUGGCAAAUACGUAAAAAUGGAAUUUUCAAUUCCACAAAGCGAAAGUUCAUCACAUCAACUUCAAGACUUGAUGUUUUCAACAUUCAUUUUCUCAUCCCUUUUUGUCAUGUUUACCAGAAAAGUUCAAGUCAAUAG